UGGAUUGAUAAGAAAAAUGGCAAUUAUUUAAGAAAUACUCACUAUAAUUUCUAUCGUUCUAGUAGCGAUGGUAAUACUAUUGCAAAAUUUCAUGAAAAAACUGAUAAUAAAGGAGCUAAUAUCGUCCUGAUAGUUUUAUAUUUUCAUUUAAAGAUUACAAAAAUACUGAUACAGGGAAGAUUGGAAGAGUGA